ACCAUUUACCACAUAUAUCUUCUUGGUAUGAUUAUAUUUCAGAAUGAAGUUGAAACUGUUGAAAUUCAGUUCUGGAACUCUUUGGACUUAGGAGCCUGUUCUGUGUUUACUGCUUCUCUGUCAGACUCAUUUUUAUUGCCUUGAGAUUACUAGGAUUUAUUUUGUUUAGGAAAGAAAGAUAAGGGUUUGAUCGUUUGUGCUGGUUAGUGGUAGUUGUGCAUGGUCUAGGGAUGUUUAAGCAGCUUUGUCAAAAGGCAUCACAUUUAUUGUAAGCAUGAGAUUUCAGGGUUGUUUUUUGUUCAUUAAUUCACUAGGUUGGGUUAUUGGGAAUCUUAGACAUUGGACCGAGCUUAACCUGGUUUGUUCUCUGCCCUAGAAAACAGAACCAGUAAAAAAUAUACUGAAUUCAGAUGAACUUAACACAAAUUUACAACUUGGAAUUCCGAACGAGUCAGUAACAAUAUCUGAUUUAGAAAAGUAAUCCUCUAUUGUAGGGCGACAAGAAUGGUAAGUACUUUUGUCAAGAAAGGAAGGAAAAAGGUUGGAUUAUGUACCUGUAAAUUUGUGAAUCCUUGGUUGAGAUGAGUUGAUGAUCAGACCUAAUUGUGAUCCGUUAGCUGUGAGCUAGGGCUUCCGUUAUCGGUGAUCCGCGAUCGGCGAUUGGCGGUUGGGGAUUUUUGCUUCCGUUAGCACGUUCCCGUGUCGCGGAAAUGAGGGAAAAUACCAGUCGAUUUGGCAGAGAAUUCAUAUUAAAAGUGUAUUAAUUGUAUUUUUUUAAAAAUUUAUAUAAGAAAAUGCAAAAAAUUUUAUCUUUAACAUUAUCGGGCAUUUUGUCGUAUAACUCAUUUAGUGCAAAAAGUUCAUCCCUCGUUUCUGCCAAUCGUCUGAUCUUUAAGGUGCAAUUUACGACGUUCUUCCAUCAACUCACAAGCUGAGUUCCACGCUUGGAAAGAAGAGAGGGUCGUCGGAGAAAUCUUUCUUGUUUUGAGCAAAGCAAGUGGCACGCCAUUUCAUCUGCCACGUGUCAAGGAGAUUUUUUGGGAUAACAAUCUCUUUUUGGCACACCCAGUGGGACCUCCUGGCGAUCAUGUAUCAAGAAACGUUUUUUAAUCCACUCUUUGCUUUUCCUGGGCAUAAAGCAGCCAUAGCCAUGCCUAGGAGAGUUGGAAAAGAAGUUGCACAGCAAGUGGAAAUUGCUCCUAUGAGUCGAAGACAUUCUCAAGGUGAAAAUAGUCCGAAGCACCUUCCACCUAUUUCUCCCUUGGCUGAUCGCUCAUAUGGCAAUCCCAUAUAUCGCAAUGAUGAUGAGGAGAAUGUUGAUUCUGUUGAGUCAAGCAAUAAAAUAUCUCAAGAACUUCAGCAGAUAAGGAAGCUACAAGAAGAAGCUAAUCAGAACAUGGAGUGCAGUCUACAAAGCUUUCUACAAGCCCAACGACAACAUUCAGAUCAUUUCACUCAAUCUUUGAAUGUUAUUGAAAGGGCCAUUCAUGACAAUUCUGGAGCUAUUCGAGAAAAAGUAGCAGAAAGUCGCAGAACCUUCACUGCAGUUUCUGAGAGAACCAUGGAACAUGUUCGACAGCAACAAAAUGUUCCAAGGCAACCCGUACCUCCAGCAAUGGAAUUACCACAGCAAAAUCUUCCAGAUCCUUUGCCCGGGGGGCACGGGGGGCAUAUUAAUCAGCCACAGGUGGUGCAACAAAUGCCCAAUGCUCAAAAUAAUGCUCUUGGUGCAGGCCAGGUGCAAUUCAAUAGGCGGCAACAAAACAAUCUUGCUGGUGGCAUCCUUGGACCACAAGAUCCUGUGGAAGCAGCAUUUCGUGUGCAGCUGAGCAGUUCAACGCCAAUCAGCAAAGAUAUAAAUCAAUUGAUUGAUCUAGUCCAGGAGACAUAUGGUUCAGCUCUGAGACCAUUGGUUCGUCCUUCCUAUCACAAGCCGUAUCCAGAUUACAUAGAUCGGGAUAAUCCAUUUCCUCGUGGAUUCAAAGUGCCUGAAUUUACUUUGUUUUCUGGGGAUACAAGCCAGUCAACCAUUGAACACAUUGGUAGGUUCACUAUUCAAUGUGGGGAGGCAUCGGGUGAUGAUUUUUUGAAGUUGAGACUCUUCCCAAGUUCUUUAACUGGUACCGCACUGACAUGGUAUCUAAGUCUGCUGCAAAAUUCUGUGUUCACCUGGAGACAAAUGGAAGAUUUGUUUCAUAUUCAAUUCUACCGCUCAGAGCCUGAGAUAUCCAUGGCUGAUCUUUCUAGAUUAACUCAACGAGCCAAGGGAAUCUUCAGAAAAUUAUCUUAUGCGGAGGCUCGACAUACAGAUCACUCUCAUAUGGUUAAGCCUCCACAGCGACCUCCAAGUAAAAGAUGGGAGAAGGUCGUGCAUCCCAAGUUUCCAAAAGAACCUGUGAGAAAUCCUAGAACUUUAAGAAGAAGGUUGCAGCGAAAGCGAGCAGAGGCACGUCGUCAUCAACAAUUAGCUACUGAGGAAGUUAAGGUUCCACAAUGUUCUCUCGCAAAGGGAAAGAUGGUGUGGAAAAGGAAAGAAAGUCAAGAGGUUGCUGCCCAGAAUGAAUCUCAGCCGAAAGUGCCACCUCAUAAGCUUACAUCACUGAUCGUCAAUGAAAAUGAGUUGAAGGCAACUUUUGAAGCAGAUCAACAAGCAGAGUUGACUAGCGAUGAUAAUCUUCUUGAGGACAUGGAUGUUCUGCAGAUUGGCAGCAUCUCUAUUAAUCUCUCUUGUCUGGUUCUCACGCUUCCUUUGGUUUUUCAAGCCAAGGGUAGCGAGACUACCCAUGUUCCUACCCAUGUUUCCAAUGGCAGCAUGUUUGUCGAAGAAGAAAUGAUAGAGGUUCCAGCCCAAGAAGAGGAAGAGGAGCAUGAUAUCCUCUCGGAACAAAUUAUCUUUAACAAACCAGAUGAAAAUGUGGCUCGACAUAUAAAGCCACUCUACAGUUCAGCUCACAUGGAUGGAGUUCCAGUGAAUCGAGUCAUGGUUGACAAUGAAGCAACAGUCAACGUCAUACCUUCUUUUAUGCUGAGGAAUUUGGGUAAAAAUUAUGAGGACUUGGUUUAUACUGACGUAACCAUCAGUGAUUUCACAAGUGGUGUUAGCAAAUCAAAAGAAGUGCUGCCGGUUGCACUUACUGUCGGCAGCAAGACGUCAAUGAGUGCUUUCUUUGUUGUAGACUCUUCUGUAACUUAUAAUGCAUUACUGGGACGUGAUUGGAUCCAUUCGAAUUGGUGUGUUCCAUCUUCGCUCCAUCAAAGACUCAUUUUUUGGAAUGGAGGCAAAACUGAGGUGGUCUAUGCUGACAACAGACCAUUCUUAGCCAAUUCCAAUAUGGUGGAAGCACGGUACUAUGAUGAAGACGUAGGAACCAUCCAUUUCUUCGGCAUGGAUAGACAAGGAAGACCUCGUGGAAUCACUGCUUGCAACAAGCCUACCUUGGCUAAGAUAAACAAAGAAAGAAAGGAGGCCGUAUCUGAAAUUCUAAAGAAAUUAGCGACCUAUUUUGCUGAAAGAAAUACAGAAGCAAAUCUGUCGGAGGUGGUACAUGAAGGUGAGAAGGACACCCAUACCGACGGAGUCACAAUGAAGGAGUUAGAUCUGGCCCCUGCAAAGCUAGAUGACCUCAGGGCCGAUGUACAAGAUCCAUUGAAGGAAGUUAAUCUGGGAACGGAGGCAGAGCCACGCAUUGCUUUUGUCAGUUUAGACCGAGAGUUGGUAGAACAUAGACUACCAAUCAACAAAGGAUAUAAGCCGUACAAACAGCCGCCACACCGUAUGUCUCCAGAAGUGAUUUUGAAGGUGAAGGAAGAAGUGGAGCGGCUGCAUAAAGUUGGUUUUAUACGGACAGCCAGAUACUCAAAAUGGUUGUCUAAUAUGGUUCCAAUAGUGAAGAAGAAUGGAAAGCUCAGAGUUUGCAUUGAUUUUCGAAACUUAAAUCUAGCCACACCAAAGGAUGAAUACCCUAUGCCAGUAGCAGAUUUACUUGUUGAUGGGGUUGCACGCCAUCGCAUUUUAUCUUUUAUGGAUGGGCAUAGUGGCUAUAAUCAGAUCUUUAUUGCAGAAGAAGACAUAAGUAAAACGGCGUUUCGUUGCCCUGGAAACAUAGGUACGUAUGAAUGGGUCGUGAUGCCGUUUGGGUUGAAAAAUGCAGGAGCUACAUAUCAGCAGGCCAUGAAUGCAAUUUUCCAUGAUAUGAUUGGCCGCUUCAUGGAGAUUUAUAUCGAUGAUGUUGUUGUUAAAUCCAUGGAGGAUGAAGAACAUUUGGAGCACUUGAGGAAAGCUUUUGAAAGAAUGCGACAGCAUGGUUUGAAGAUGAAUCCUCUCAAGUGUGCUUUUGGUGUUACAGCAGGGAAUUUUUUGGGUUUUCUGGUCCAUGAACGAGGCCUAGAGAUGGACAAAAACAAAGCAAGGGCCGUAAUUGAAGCACGGCCACCACAAAAUAAAAAGGAAUUACAAAGGUUUCUUGGUCAGGUUAAUUUCCUAAGGAGGUUUAUUUCUAAUUUGGCGGGCAAAACUCGUGUUUUUUCACCUCUUUUGAAGUUGCAGCCUGAUGCAGAUUUUAAAUGGGAGAGGCAGCACCAAGCCGCCUUUGAUGCCAUCAAGGAAUACUUGUCCAAGCCACCUGUGUUGGUUCCUCCAGCCGUCAAAGGACAGGCUUUAGCAGACUUUUUAGCAGAUCAUCCUUGCUUAGAUGUUAACGCUGAUGAAGAUAAGGGAAUCAAUCUCUUUUCCAUUGACUUGGUUCCUUGGAGGCUUAUUUUUGAUGGGUCUAGCACUGAUCAAAUCUUCGGGGCUGGAAUUAUUAUUGUUUCUCCAGAUGGCAUAAAAACCCAAUGGUGUUUUCAGUUAGAUUUUGAAUGUACCAAUAACCAAGCAGAAUAUGAAGCUUUGGUAAUUGGCCUUGAGUUGUUGGUAGAGUUGAAGGUGCCAUCGGUUGAAAUUGUGGGUGAUUCUCAAUUAGUUCUCAAGCAAUUAAGUGGCGAAUACAAGUGUACAAGCGUGGUUUUGUCUCCAUAUUUUGCCACUGCCAUCCAACUACUGGAGGAAUUUGAUGAUGUCUCCCUGAAGCAUAUUCCUCGCAACAUGAAUGUUGAAGCAAAUGAACUUGCACAGAUUGCUUCAAGUGUAAAAAUGCCUGAAGGCAUCUUGGAGAAGGUCAUCGUCAUUGAAAAACGUAUGCUGCCUUCAAUUCAUCAAAGAGGAAUAACGGUGGAAGCAUGCUCACUAGAUGUCACACCUACAGGCUGGAGGCAUCCAAUAAUAGAACAUUUGAGGAAUCCCAGUUCUAAAACAUCAAGGAGAACGAGGAUGCAAGCUUUAAACUAUGUGCUACUCGGGGAUGUUUUGUAUCGUAGGGGGCAGGAUGAAUUAUUGUUGCGCUGCCUCGGUCUUGAUGAAAGUUGCCAUGUGAUGUCAGAUGUUCAUAAUGGUAUUUGCGGUGCUCAUCAGGCAGGGAUUAAGAUGAGAUGGAUAAUUCGAAGGCAUGCUUCUGAGUUACAUCCUAUUGUCAAGCCAUGGCCUUUUCGUGGCUGGGCAAUUGAUUUGAUUGGGAAAAUUUAUCCACCUUCUUCUAAAGGUCGUUCUUUCAUAAUAGUUGCUACAGAUUACUUUACUGAGUGGGUGGAGGCAAGGCCUAUGAAGAAGGUUGAGCAAGGAGAUGUCAUCAAGUUCAUAAAAGAGGAUCUGAUACACAGGUUUGGUCUUCCAGAAACUAUCACUUCAGAUCAAGGUACUGUUUUUGUUGGAUCUCAAGUAGAGGCCUUUGCAAAAGACAUGGGAUUUCAUUUGCUUAAUUCAACUCCGCAUUAUGCACAAGCAAAUGGUCAAGCAGAGGCAUCUAAUAAGAUUGUCAUCAACAUCCUGGAGAAAAUGGUUGAUGAUAAUCCCAGGAGAUGGCAUGAGCUUUUUUCAGAUACUCUCUGGGCAUACAGAACCUCACAACGGAGUUCAACUAAGGUGACCCCAUUCUCGCUUACUUAUGGUCAUGAUGCUGUUUUGCCUAUGGAAUUAACGGCAAGGUCUCUGCGGAUUGCAAUUCAAAAUGGCUUGAAUUCUGGGGAAUACAAUGAAGCCAUGAUCAUGGAGUUGGAAGACCUUGAGGAAGCAGGGCUGACAGCAUUGGAUGUGAUGAAGGCCCAGAAGCUUAAAGUGGCACGAGCUUAUAACAAAAGGGUCAAGCAAAAGAAUUUAGCAGAAGGAAGCUUGGUUUGGAAGGCUGUGUUGCCGCUUGGCAAGAAAGAUCCCAGAUAUGGUAAGUGGUCCCCUAAUUGGAAAGGACCAUUCCAAAUUCAUAAAGUUCUUAAAGGAGGUGCUUAUUGGUUAAAAUCUUUGAAUGGGGAGUUGCAUCCGCGCAAGAUCAAUGGCAUUUACUUGAAACCAUAUUAUCCGACUGUGUGGGAGGCACAGGAUAGUUCUGCCUCCACGUCUGCAUGAUCCAGGUUUGCAGACAUUUGUAUAUUAUUUGAUUCAAGUUGUUUUUCUUGCAAUAAGGACACGUAGAGUUUUGGCUUGAACCAUGGAAGCAUACAUAAGACUUGGUGCUGCUAAGGAGGCAUGGCAUGUUCUUACAUUUGUGUUUUAGAGCGGCUUUGUUUGUAAAGCUGUGGGCAGGAUGAAUAAAGCAAGCAAAUAAAUUCAUGUUCAUCAU